GUGAGGACGCCGGCGUCGUAGGCUGAGGUGGCAGCCGUCCUGCGGGCAUGGAGCUGCCGCAGAUGCCGGAGCUGGUGGGGCUGUCGGUGCUGGUGGGGCUGCUGGCCCUGGUGGCCACGGCGGCGGUGGCGCGGGGCUGGCUGUGGGCCGAGGAGGACAAGGCCAGCCAGCCCGUCUGCCAGAAAGCAAAUGAAUCCAAGAAGUCAGGAUCCAAGAAGCAGAAACAGAGUCAGAGGGUUCGCAAGGAGAAGCCUCAGCAGCACAACUUCACCCACCACCUUCUGGCCGCGGCACUGAAGAGCCACAGUGGGAAUAUAUCUUGCAUGGACUUCAGCAGCAAUGGCAAGUAUCUGGCCACUUGUGCAGAUGACCGUACUGUCCGGAUCUGGAGCACCAAAGAGUUCCUUCAGCGGGAACACCACAGCAUGCGAGCCAAUGUGGAGCUGGACCAUGCCACCUUAGUGCGCUUCAGCCCUGACUGCAGAGCCUUCAUUGUUUGGCUGGCCAAUGGAGAUACCCUCCGUGUCUUUAAGAUGACCAAGCGAGAAGAAGGGGGCUUUACUUUCACCGCCACCCCAGAGGAUUUUCCUAAAAAGCACAAGGCACCCAUUGUCAACAUUGGCAUUGCUGACACAGGGAAGUUCAUCAUGACAGCCUCCAGUGACACGACUGUCCUCAUCUGGAACCUAAAAGGCCAGGUGCUGUCCACCAUCAAUACCAACCAGAUGAACAACACUUACGCUGUUAUCUCUCCGUGUAGCAGCUUACAUGACAGGUUUGUGGGUUCGUGUGGCUUCACCCCAGAUGUGAAGGUCUGGGAGGUCUGCUUCGGGAAGAAGGGAGAGUUCCAGGAGGUGCUGCGAGCCUUUGAACUGAAGGGACACUCUGCAUCUGUCCAUUCUUUCGCCUUCUCCAAUGACUCUCGGAGGAUGGCCUCUGUCUCCAAGGAUGGCACAUGGAAGCUGUGGGACACCAAUGUGGAAUACAAGAAGCAGCAGGACCCCUACUUGUUAAGGACAGGCCGCUUUGAAGAGGCAAGCACCAUGCCUUGCCGCCUGGCACUCUCCCCUGACACCCAUGUCCUGGCCUUGGCCACUGGCACCAGUAUUCAUCUCUUCAACACGAGGCAUGGGGAAAAGGAGGAAUGCUUUGAGUGUGUCCAUGGGGAGUGUAUUACUGAUUUGACUUUUGACAUCACUGGCCGCUUCCUGGCCUCCUGUGGGGACCGUGUGGUUCGGGUCUUCCACAACACCCCUGGCCACCGGGCUGUGGUGGAGGAGAUGCAGGGCCUCCUGAAGCGGGCAUCCAGUGAGAGUACCCGCCAGAGGCUGCAGCAGCAGCUGACCCAGGCCCAGGAGACCCUAAAGAGCCUGGGUGCCCUGAAGAAGUGACUCUGGCUCUGGAUGGGUCUGGCUGCCUGCCCCAGUGGCUGCUAUACUUCCCAGGGGCCCCUGGGGGAACCUCCCACCUUUCUUCUUGGUGGGCCCCACUUUUUCCAUUGAAACUAUUCUUGUAUACUUA